AUGUGUAGGCUUCCGGCCCCGAUUGCCGCUUGUCUCAAUGACUUUGUAAGUGACGUUUUCCCUGAGAUACGCAAGAGGAACAAUAUUCGAGCCCUGAUGCCGAAUCUAUCUUCAGCUCAUCUGUUGCGAUAUGGUGAGGCUUCUUGCAACAUUGAUUACUACACCUCAGCAUCAUGUCUCUCCAUACUUGUUGUUAUCGUAGGUCGUAGCGAGAUGCCGAGCACUUGA